AUGUUGAAAAUGGCUGAUGCGUGCGUAGAUAGCAGCAAGCAGACACGCUUCCAUGAAAUGCACGUGCAAAGACAUAACAAUGUCAGCAUAUUAUACGCAGAUAUUGUCAACUUCACGCCGUUAUCUGAGAGACUCAGUGCUUCAGACUUGGUGAAGACACUGAAUGAACUAUUUGGAAGAUUCGAUCAAAUUGCGCAGGAGAAUCAAUGUAUGAGGAUUAAGAUCCUGGGUGAUUGCUAUUACUGCGUUUCGGGACUUCCGGUGUCGAGGCCUAACCAUGCCUACAACUGUGUCAAUAUGGGCUUGCUAAUGAUUGACGCUAUACGCUUCGUCCGUGAAGCCACAGGCUUCAAUGUCGACAUGCGAAUCGGCAUCCACACAGGUAAUGUUCUGUGCGGCGUGCUCGGUCUCCGAAAAUGGCAAUUCGACGUCUGGAGCGAUGAUGUCACAUUGGCAAAUCAUAUGGAGUCUGGUGGGAUCGCUGGACGUGUUCAUAUAACAAAAUCAACAAUGCUGCAACUUGCCGGAAAAUUCGAGGUGGAACCAGGAGAUGGAGCAUCCAGAGAAGGAUACUUGGCUGACCACAAAGUGGAGACAUAUCUCAUUGUACCUCCCAAGAAACCGUCGGAUAAUGGCCGUCUCUCUGUAUGUACGAUAGACCGAAAAGCGAGCAUUGUAUCUUCGAUAUACCAAGACGUAUCACCGACGAAGCCGCGGGGGAAUAUUAGUCCGGCUCCGUCUCAACAGAGUUUUAAUGAACAGGAAGGGACCAAAGUAAUGCGAGCCGAGUCCAUGAGGAAUCCAGAUCUUAGCAGACGAGCUUCAGUAAAAGUAGACGGACACAAAACUGUGGCUUUUGAGAAUAACAAUACUGCUAAUCCAGGAGACACUUUGGGCAAUGGCGCUUUUGUUAAACCUAAAAGUAGGAGUGGAUCCAUCAUUGGAGCUAUUAGUCCAAUAAUAGGAACUGAGCGCAAGUCGGAUACACCGACACCAACCAAGGAGCACUCGGCGCCGAUAUUCACGCGAAUGUUGAGCACAAUUUCUAUGGAUUCUACUUCAAUACCUGGCGUUCCGAGUAGGUCGCGGCCGUCAAGCAAAAUGACAAAGUAUGUGGAGUGUUGGGGCGCCGACAAACCUUUUGCAAAUAUUACUGAUUCGACUUUAGCCAAAAAUAUUGGCAUUUCGAGUCUGGCUAUGAUCGAGCAAAAUCUACUCCCACAAAGAACGUGUUGCGAUUGCAGCACUAAUUCAGAAGGCAUGAGCCGAAUUACCUUAUGGUUCAAAAAUAGGUCUCAAGAGAAUCAAUAUCGCAGUCAACCAGACACACUGUUCAAAUAUUAUGUGGCCUGCGCGUGCGCAUUAUUUCUCUUAUUGGCAUUUAUACAACUGAUAACAUUACCUAAAGGUAUUGUUCUGUACGCAUCAUUUGGCCCUACGUUGCUAACGUUAAUCGUGUUUUUGUACUUGUCGUGGUAUGACGGACAAUUCCCUUCAAGGGGGAUGCAUCUUCUAUCGGAUGUCCCGGAUAUUUAUUCAGACAACUGUACUAAGCCUGGACAGGUGGUUGCCAGUAACAGCUACAUAAGAUUGACAAUGUUUUUAGUAUCAGCAGUUUUAAUCGGCGCCUGCGCAGUUAUUAAUCUUUUCCAAACAUAUCUGAUCCAAGAAUUUCCGACAGAAGUCUGGGUGAAGAAUUACACUAGUGAAAAUGGGACGAAUAUCACAGGAAUCACAAUUAAUAUCGAUGUUGAAUCCGCUCCGAGUUACCUCUACAGCUCAGUACUAACUCUAGCUUCAAUAUCCGUAUUUCUUCGAAUCGGAUUUGUUCUGAAACUUGUUCUGAUGGUAGUGACUCUGGUAACACACAUCACACUUUUCGCCUCCGCGGAACUGUUCAGUCAGUACCAGUACCGGGAUUUUGAUAGCGAAUUCUCAAUGCUUCCAUAUUCAGCCAAAGCGGGCCUAGUACUAGUCUUUCUAGCGGCACUUUUACACAUACUGGACAGGCAAAUAGAAUUCACUUCUCGAACCGACUUUUUAUGGAAAGACAAGCUAAAAUUUGAGCAGGAGGAAGUCGAGACUAUGAGAGGAAUUAAUAAGAUUUUACUAGAAAAUAUUCUCCCUGCUCACGUCGCUCAACAUUUCUUGACUUCAGUUGCUUCAAAGGAGGAAUUAUACCACGAGCGUUACUCGAGUAUAGCGGUUAUGUUCGCUUCGAUUCCCAACUACAAAGAAUUUUACGAUGAGACAGACGUCAAUAAACAGGGAUUGGAGUGCUUGAGGCUGCUCAACGAGAUUAUUUGCGAUUUUGAUAAGUUAUUAUUGAAACCCAAAUUCAGCUGUAUUGAGAAGAUUAAGACAAUUGGUAGCACUUAUAUGAUCGCAUCUGGACUUAGACCGGGGAAAGAAGAACCCACCGACGCAAGCCGGAGAGAAGAACACACAGUUGCCAUUUUAGUUGAGUUUGCAUUCGCUCUCAUGACUAUACUGGAACAGAUCAACCGAGAAUCCUUUCAGAGAUUUAAACUGAGGAUAGGUCUAAACCACGGCCCAGUAAUAGCCGGAGUAGUGGGCGCUCAAAAGCCCCAAUACGAUAUUUGGGGUAAUACAGUGAAUGUUGCCUCUCGGAUGGACUCCACGGGCAUGAUGGGACGGAUACAGGUCACAGAAGAUACCGCUAAAGUACUAAUGAAUGCCGGCUACACUUGUGAAUGUCGUGGUCCCACAUUCGUUAAGGGCAAGGGGACUUUAGUUACAUACUUCGUAAAGACACCCAAUGCUGGGAGUGGAUUAUGA